AUGAAGAAUUCGGGUAAAGUCAACGUUACGAUGGCUAAAAGGGCUGUCCGACAACGCAUAGGAUGGGCGAAACAAUGGGCUGGUGCAUUGUUUCGAAAUAAAACACCCAGUUCAUCUGUUACGGUAGCAAAUCAAUAUCCAAACCAACUGGCUAAUUCGUCCGUUUCUCAAGCCUCUCCUUCGUCCACCGCGCUCCAACAUAAUUCUACAACUACUAUACCACCCCCUACUCCAACAAACAGUACAAGUUCCGCAAAAUUAGUUGCGGUACAUAUGACAAAGACAGCAUCGCAUGAUGCAAAUUUCCAAAGCGGAAGCCUUAGUGAUACAACUUAUGGUGGAUCUGUAGCGAAGCUAUCUUCAAGGAAAGGUUUCUUUAAGAGUAAAACAGCAAGCGGUAAUGGGCAUAAUAACAAUAACAACAAUAAUCAUCCAGGAUCGAAUGGGAGUGUUAAUGGCUAUGUUAAUAUUAACACUAACAAUAGUACUCAUAGUGUUCAUAUCAACAACAGUCUUACGAACAGUAAUAAUACUGUCACCUCUGUGAACCAAGAUCCAAACGCUCAUUCUCAAUCCACAACAACAAUUGCCUCGCUGGCUCACGCGUCCAUACCGGCAUCCCUGUCGUUACCACUUCAUGUUGGCACUUCAGCGGAUGUUCAGUCGGAUACUCUGGUAAUGACAAACAGCGCCAUAAAUUCCGUCGCCUCCUUGACCUCCUCUCCGGGUUUGCCUUCAUCUCACAGCAGCAACUCUCUGACCCCGGUGGUGUCAGAUAAUCAUAGCACACAUAGUACGAUAAGUACGACAAGUACGACGAGUACUAAAAGAAGGUUUUUCAAAGGACGAAAUACAAAUGGUGGAAGUACUGCGAGUUUAGGGUCGAAAGGCAAAGGGGAAUGGGCCAAUGGUGGUGCUAAUAAUGAGCUUAAUUUCACACCAACACUUUCUACGUCCACACGAUACUCCAACCCAUCAUUUUCAAACACCAAAAUCACGCCUACGUCCAUUACACAGUCUCAACAAAUUUCCUCCCCGCUCGAAUUUUCAUCACAGCAUUCUGUCCCCCAAUCCAAUACUGCAUCACCAUUUUUGUCUUCCAAUACUAAUACCUCAACUUCAUCUCGCUCUGCUCCAAUACCCUCUUCAUCAACUCAACCGAACUCUACAGUCCAUCACACUCAAUCAUCACCUGGCACGCAGCCAAUAUUAAAAGUUGACAUUGUUUCAGUAGACGGAGGAGGAUUUGAGGAUUUGCUUGGAGACUCGUCUCCUGGCGACAGUCUUAUAUUUGCAGCCCUUUUACCUGCGCGACUUCCUUCGCCCUCGUUCUCUGCCUUUGAUGAAACAGCACAGCCGCCAUCCGCACGUGCAGAUACACAAAGUAGAAUUAUGCGUGGGUGGAGGGAGAGAAUGUUGGAAAAUAACAGGAAGAAGGACGAGAGGAUGAAGCGAGAGCAAACGAUCGGAGCAGAGGGAAGACUGGAGUAA